ACCGGAUCCACGCCGUCGCCCGCCCCAUGGACUAUCCGACCCACCCACUUUUUCUCUCUCUCUCUUUCUCUGCGCAAAUUCCAACAUCUUCUUCUUCUCUUUCAAACUACCAAAGGAGCGUCGAGCUAACUGAACUUCAAUCCCUCCUUUUGACUCUCCCCCACGAGCAAUCUCUCCGCCAUCGCUUCUGCCCACAGCCGCCUCCUUCCCCGGCUUGCUCCGAAUCUCCGCCCGGAACGACGCCGAAUCGGAGCGGAUCCCGCGCCGACCGGAUGUGGACGGAGCAGCAGCGGAGCCCCUCGGGGUCGUCGCAGAGCCCCCGAUCUCCGCCGGCCCAGCCGUACCUCUCGGUCUCCGUCACCGAUCCCGUGAAGCUCGGGAACGGCGUCCAGGCCUAUAUCUCCUACCGCGUCAUCGCCAAGACGAACUUACCGGAGUACCAGGGGCCAGAGAAGAUUGUCAUUCGAAGAUAUAGCGAUUUUGUUUGGCUACAUGAUCGGCUUUUUGAGAGUUACAAGGGCAUUUUUAUACCUCCUCUGCCGGAGAAAAGCGCCGUAGAAAAAUUCCGGUUUAGUGCUGAAUUUAUUGAAAUGAGACGUCAAGCAUUAGAUAUAUUUGUUAACCGGAUAGCUUCACAUCACGAGCUGCGGCAAAGUGACGAUCUAAGAACCUUCUUACAGGUUGAUGAAGAGGUAAUGGAGAGAUUAAGGUCUUAUGAAACUGGUCUAUUUAAGAAGCCAGCAGAUCUUAUGCAGAUAUUUAAGGACGUACAAUCCAAAGUGAGCGAUGUGGUUUUAGGAAAGGAGAAACCAGUGGAAGAGUCGCAUCCUGAUUAUGAAAAGAUGAAACACUAUAUCUUUGAGCUUGAAAACCACUUGGCUGAAGCACAAAAACAGGCAUAUCGACUUGUGAAGAGGCACAGGGAACUUGGGAAAUCUCUCUCAGAUUUUGGUAAAGCAGUCAAACUUCUUGGUGCCUGUGAAGAAAAUGCUCUUGGGAAGGCAUUUUCUGAACUUGGAGCAAAAUCAGAAUUAGUAUCAAUUAAGCUGCAGAAGGAGGCUACUGAGCUCUUAAUGCAUUUUGAAGAACCUUUGAAGGAUUAUGUUCGUGCUGUGCAGUCUAUUAAGGCCACCAUAGCAGAGCGAGGCACCGCAUUCAGACAGCAGUGUGAAUUGGCUGAAACAAUCAAAUUGAAAGAGAUAAAUCUUGAUAAACUCAUGCUGACACGAUCUGAUAAGGUGAGGGAAGCGGAGAUUGAAUACAGAGAGCUGAAAGGAGAAAGCGAGGAAGCAGUGAGAAGAUUCGAAACAAUCGUGAGACGGAUGAGUGAAGAGAUGGUACACUUUCAAGAACAGAAGACAACAGACAUGGGAGUCGCUUUUCACGAAUUUGCCAAAGGGCAGGCACGUCUGGCAAAUGGAAUUGCUGAUGCUUGGCGAAGUCUCCUUCCCAAACUGGAAGCUUGCUCUGUCUAGGGGUGAACUGAUCAUACAA